UUUCAAACACGUAUACUUUGCUCGCGCUGUAUGAUCUGUGUCGAGUUCGUACCUAGCGCGAGGAACAACAGCCUGAGUAGGAAGAACGUUUGCUUACUAAGCAGACGCAAGAAGGGACGCGACCUGACGCGACGCGACGCGUAUCAGUAUAGUAUCAGAUAGUAUCUUACCUCUUCACCUCUCGUUGCUCGUCCAGAUUUUUGCUCAGUCCUCUUGCCGGAGGCAAAUCUGCAGAAAGUCUGGAGUUAGCAAGUAGGUCAAGUGCCCCCGGCGAGGCUGGGGGAGGACGCAAAGGCAACCGCGGGUCUAUGUUCUUACUCGGAGCUCCAGCGGACAUGAUCGCGACUGGAAAGCGCACGGCAUGCAGGGUGGACCGUCGUGCAUGCGGGGAGGAAACUGAGGAUGAGGACUCGUCGGACGACGACGAUGCUGAACUGCCUGGAAUUGACGAUGCCAGCUUUGUGGCUUCCGAUACUGUAUUCCCUGCCCGGUCAAAGGUGCUGCAGUUGGCUGGAAUCCUGCAGGCGCUCUCUCCGGCUGACCGAGACAUCCUUAUCAAGACGCUCGGACCGCUGGUUACCCGUGCGCAUACAUCCACCCAAGAGCUUGGUGGCACACCCGCAACCACGGCUGUUACCACGCGAAAGCUGUUUACCUCCGCGAACGAAAACGAACGCUCUUCAGAUCUUUUCCAGGUAUACAGCCUCAAAGUGCCCCCGGCCAUCCUCAUGCUCGCUGCAGCCCGCGUACACAUCCCGCUUACCUUGACCACAACUGAUGCCAUAAGGAAGAUGCAUCACGACCCCACCGCCAUCAAGACGAAGAAGGUCGUUACUGCCGAUGGUCAGCGAAUGUACUUGCUGGACGUCAGCGCGUGGCCGGACGAGGCUUCUCUCCCACCGGAGUUGUUCGGUCAGGCUUGGCACAAUAUGCUCAAGGUCUAUACGAAGAUCGGCGAUGAGGUGGCGGAACGUUUCCGCACCCAUUUGGACUAUCUCCUUGCUCUGCGCGACUUUGUGAAGGAUUACAAGGCCAUUCUUCAAUUCGAUUGUGAGGUGCGCCGCGCAUAUAUGAACGACCCACCAGGUUUCUUCCCUAAAGACCCCAUGUACGACAUCCGCUUCCAUUCCAUCAGCCUGGAGAUUCUGUCAGAGAAUCUCAGAACUGACUUACAGUCCCGCCAUGACUCCUCACGCCGCUUCACGCCAUAUCCCCGUGGUGGUCGGGGUGACAGCCAUGUUCGCAUGAGUGAGGAUCGUCCCCGGCCCUUUCAGGUUGGCAGGCGGGCCACAUCCUCCACGCCGACCUGCCUCAUCUGUGCGAGGACUGGGCACCACGCCGCUAACUGCAUGCAUACAUCCAUCCGGGACGGCCGUCCGACCAUGUGUGUGUUUGUCGACCGACACCUCCUUGUCGACGCUACCCGCCAAGGACUUUGCGUCAUUUGGAAUCUCUCUGGCAAGUGCGCUGCGAAACGUUGUCCCAGGGGACGGCCCCAUUCCUGCUCUCUCUGCGGCUCCCAGGACCAUCAUGCUGGCUCUGCAAAGUGUGUGCGUACGUGAUCGCAUAUGUGGCCGAUGCCUUCGAAUGCCUUCUCCAUCAUCACUGCCUCUUCUCUGCCUCAAAUCAUCCGUGCUGGCUCCCCUUUCAGCGACUUUACUCCCCUUUCUUGCACUUUCAUGCUAGAGAAUCAUAAUUCUGCUCCGCUGCACCCUGCCGCCAUCAAUGCAUAUAUCCAGGAAGAGCUCGAUGCCGGGAGUCUUUUUGGGCCCUGUCCUCGUGUCGUGGUCGAACGUCUGCUUAGUU